AAUGCCAGCAACAAUAAAAGCUAAGAAGGUAAAGCCAACAAGCAGCAGACAAUAUAGAACUAGAUCUGCAUGCAAGAAGCCUUCAAAAACAAAUGAAAAAAUAGAGAAUGAUGAGGACGCCAAAAAGAUUGAGGACCUGAAACUUGCUGCCAGUCUUGUCAACUGGUCGAGUUAUGACAAAUUGAUGGGGAAGAUCUUUUAUGAUAAAGUUGGCAAGAUUCUUGAGAAAAAAGUGGAUGAUUUUCAGAAGGUUAAGACUGAGCUGAAAACUUUUGUGCGGGAAAACUAUGACAAUCAAAAGGCUUUGCAAACGCCACGAAGGGCCAAGCCUGCUACUGCUCUGCUUGAACAAAUUAGUAAAUUCAAGCAAUUGAAUUUUGAUUCGGAUGAUGACGAUAUGGACGAAACGACACUUUUGGAUCAGCCUGAGCAUUUGAAAGAGAAUGAAGAAGAACAGGCGGAGAAAGAGCCUCCAACUGAUCUAACUGUAGAAGGACAUAUUCUUGAAGAACAACAUCCUGUUAAUGAAGAAGAAAUGGAAGAAGAGCCUUCACAAGAACAGAUGGAGGAAGCGCCUCCUAUCAAUACUUCUGCUGGAGUUUUGGAGGAGGCUCCUCCAAAUGACCCGGAAUCUUUUGUGAAGCAAGAAAAGGAAAUUUUAUACGUGCCAGAAACUCCUUUUGCGUCUCGCGUUCCUGUCAAUACUUCAUCUGCCGGAGUUUUGUUAACUCCAAUUACUCCAUACAGUCCAAAGUUGAAGAUGCUGGGCACUCCACAUGGAAGCGUUAGCAACUCUAAACCUGCUGUUGGUUCAAUAAGUAAAUUGGCCAUUACAAAGGAGAUAGUCAAGCCUACACAACCAAUUCAAAUGCCACCAAUAAUUCGUCUCACUCAAAAUACUUUCGCUACUCCUAAGAAGACUCAACCAUUGAUUCCAACGAAGACCCCAGCGAAAACGCCGGCGGCUCUCAACACAACAUUUCAGAAGGUUCAAAAAUUGAAGCAAAUCGACGAAAAGGCUGAUCAGGCAAAAAGGGCGCGUGAGGACUUAUUGAGAGAAAAGGCUGAUCGGGCAAAAAGAGAGCGGGAGGAGCGUGAGAGACGAGUCGAACAAAAUAAUAGAAAGAAGGAAGAGGCUAGGCUUGAACGCGAGAAUAUUUUGCGAAAACAUUUGGAGGCUGUUAAGGAAUUCCAAAACAAGGAAAAACAGGCUGGAUUUCAAAAUUAUGCCAGUCCGGUCAUUCAAAGUCGAAUGUUUCAACCUUUGAGUGCGCAAAGUAAGAAGAUAUAUAAAACGCCUAAUGUGAAGAGUAUUCCUGCAACUGAGGUUAAAUCAAAAGAAGCUCAUCAAGCACAUAGUUCUGCUAUCAAGAAGUUCACUAAAACACCAAUUCCUCAAUUUACAUUGGAAGAAGAAUGUUCAGUUCAAACUAAAAAUACUCCAACCUCAUCUACUGUUGUUGCCACAAAGACUGUUGCUGUUAAGGAAUUUUAUCUGGACGAAAAAGAAAAUACAAAAAUUAUUGAGAACGAGUUUAUGUCAGAAGAACAUUUGGAGGAUGAACGUGAUGAUAUGACUGGCAUUGAUUUGGAGCAAAUUAGUAUGUAUGAUAUGACAAAAGAGAAAGUAUUCUUGCCAAGUACUGAAAACGACUACAAUGUGGAUGAUUUGUCAUCUGGUGAUGAAACUGAUAAUGAUGAGCAGCCAAGAAAGAUUGUUCCAAAAUGGGCAUUGAAAGAAAAUAUUUUGGCGCGUACACAAAACAUUCAUCGUUUGCUAACUAAAGAUCAAAUUGAGCGUCAUUUUGGAAGAAUCCAACAGCCUACAGCUCAGGAAUUGUUUAAGGGAUAUAAAAAGAAUUAUCCACCACGUCGUGCUUCCUCAUCCCAAUGGAGUUCGCCAAUGUCUGAUCGUAAGUUUUAA